AUGGCUCGAGACUCUUUUGCUGCAUGUGAUUCAUCUCCCUAUGUGCCUCCCAACGCAUCUUUCGCGCAGAAAGACAAAGGUUCCAGCUCCUCUCAUCAUUCUGGUGGGCCCCCGCCAUCAGUAUUCGAUGAUGAUGCAGAAAGUGGUCACAUAAUGGAUGCGUGGCAGCCAUUCUCAGGUCCAGGUCCCCGCAGCUCAUACGACCGCACAUCCAUUAGCACACCUCCCCAACACUUCAAUUCAGGUUUCUCCUGCAUCGGUGGCGGUCGCGCCCACUAUGACUCACCAUACACGUCAUUCAUCGUUAUUCGGGCACGGAAGCCUCAAUCAUCACAACCCGAUACUCAUCCGCACAUUCACAAGGUUAGAUACUCAAUGGACGAAACUGGAGCAGGACCUUCUUUGCAAGCAAAAUCUCUGAAGCCAUGAAUUGACAUUAUAAUGUGCAUACACGCCUUUUACGCUUUGUUCUUACCUUGUCCUACUUUGCAUUUAUGAUGUACCACCUCGCAGUUCU